CGGCGCCACGGUCGACGUAACGAUUCGUCCGCCAGGCGUCGGCGGAUAUAUAUACUAGUUAGCGGCGUUGUCACUGCCACUUCACACGUGAGAUUCGUAUUAGUUGGGAGAGUGUCGGAAUUUAGAGAUGGCUGCCAAACCUCCGUUCAAAGUGGCUGAUAUUUCUCUGGCUGACUUCGGUCGAAAAGAAAUUAUAAUGGCCGAAAAUGAAAUGCCUGGAUUGAUGGCAAUAAGAAGAAAGUAUGGUCUGUCAAAACCAUUAAAAGGUGCACGUAUAGCUGGAUGUUUGCAUAUGACUAUUCAAACUGCUGUUCUAAUGGAAACUCUUAUAGAGUUGGGAGCUGAAAUUCAAUGGUCAAGCUGUAACAUAUUUUCAACUCAAGAUCAUGCAGCUGCUGCAAUGGCUAAGAGAGGAAUACCUGUAUAUGCAUGGAAAGGUGAAACUGAUGAAGAAUAUAUCUGGUGUAUUGAACAAACUUUAGUUUUUCCAAAUGGACAACCGCUGAAUAUGAUUCUCGAUGACGGAGGUGAUCUUACAAAUUUAGUUCACACUAAAUAUCCACAAUACUUAUCAGAAAUUAAGGGAAUAUCAGAGGAAACUACAACUGGUGUGCAUAAUUUAUAUCGCAUGUUGAAAGAAGGAAGACUUAAAGUGCCUGCCAUUAAUGUGAAUGAUUCUGUUACGAAGAGCAAAUUUGAUAAUUUGUACGGUUGUCGUGAAUCUCUCACCGAUGGUAUCAAGAGAGCCACAGACAUAAUGUUGGCAGGAAAGGUCUGUGUUGUUGCUGGAUACGGAGAUGUUGGCAAAGGAAGUGCCCAGUCUUUGCGUGCUUUUGGAGCACGAGUUAUCAUAACAGAAAUAGAUCCUAUAAAUGCUUUACAAGCUGCAAUGGAAGGAUAUGAAGUGACGACAAUGGAAGAAGCGUGCACAAAAGCAUCUGUAUUUGUUACGACAACUGGCUGCCGUGAUAUAAUUAGAGGCGAACAUUUUAUGAAGAUGAGAAAUGAUUCUAUAGUUUGCAACAUUGGCCAUUUUGACAUAGAGAUAGAUGUUAAAUGGCUAAAUGAAAACUGUGUAGAAAAAGUUAACAUUAAACCUCAAGUGGAUCGCUACAAACUGUCCAAUGGUAACCACAUAAUAUUAUUGGCCGAAGGUCGGCUGGUCAAUCUGGGUUGCGCCAUGGGACAUCCCAGUUUUGUCAUGAGUAACUCUUUCAGUAAUCAGGUGUUGGCCCAGAUUGAACUGUGGACGAAACCGACGCAGUAUCCAGUGGGCGUCUAUUUCCUGCCCAAAAAGUUGGACGAAGAAGUGGCCGCCCUCCACCUCCAGCAUCUUAACGUCAAGUUGAGUAAACUGAGCGAAAAUCAGGCUGCGUAUCUGAGUCUAGAUCGGGACGGACCCUUUAAACCCGAACAUUACCGUUAUUGAUUAUCAUUCAACUGAGAUGUAGGCUGCUGGGAAUAAUAAAGCAAAGAAAGUUUUUCAACCAAUUAUUUUUGUAAUGAAGUGCAUCUGCUAUUUGAAAAUUAUGUUUUAAUAUUGAUUGAAAAAUUUCAUUUUGUCUGGAAAAGUCGAAAUUAGUUCCAAAUAAAGAUUUUAAUUUUUACUAUGGCCAAA